GUGGCGGCGGAACGGGCACGUGAGGGGCGGCGAAGCCAUGGCCCGGGGACCGGGACCGGCCCGGGGACAGAAACCGGCCCGGGGACCGCGACAAAAACUGGGAUUGGGACGGAAACAGGGACAGAGACCGGGAUCGGGACCGAAACAGGGCCGGGGAGCGGGACCGGGAUCAGGAAAGGGACAGAAAGCGGGACCGGGACCAGGACAGGGACGGAAAGCGGGACCGGGACAGAAAGCGACACCGAGAUCGGAACAUGGACCGGCCGUGCCGCUGCGCAGCAGGAAGGAGAAGAAGGACAACAUGAAGCCCAAACACCCCGAGGAGCAGGAGAUCCCGUUCCGCCUGCGGGAGCUCAUGCGGAGCCGCGAGGCCCUGAAGCGCCCGGGCCCUGGCAAGGGGCAGGGGACAGAGAAGAAGCAGCAGCAGAAGUGCAAGGGCCCCAGGGCCGCGGGGGACGUGCCCGUGCCCAGGUUCCGGAGGGGCAGGGGCGAGUCGGAGCGUUCCUACAUCUGCCGCAUGGAGCAGGAGGUGCAGCGCGUCCUCUUCCUGACAGAGAACCAGCUCCAGCGGGAGCCUGAGAAGGAGGCGACGGCUCCAGAGAAGUCCAAAAGGAAAAAAGAGUUUCAGAAAAGAAAGCUGGAAAAAGCUCGGAAGAAAAAGGAGGAGAAGAAGGAGGCCAUGCUGGAGAAGAGCCUGUUGCAAGACACGGUGCCCUUUGGAGAGGUGGUGACACAGCCACCCACCAUCACCUCACGGCCCAGGGGACAGGGUCCUGCCGAGCAGGCUGGACGGAAGCAGCUCCUCCUGACGCCUCGCCUGGGCCAGAGCCAGGCGUCCCCCGUGUCCCCGGCGGUGUCGAUGGCUCGCCGGCGCAUCCUGGAGGAGGAGCGGGCGCGCGUCAUCCGCGCCUACCGCGACAUCCAGCGGCGCAAACAGCUGGAGCGGGAGCGCGCCCGGGCCGGCCCGGGCUGAGCCCCUGCGACUCCAGAGGGACAUUGUCCUGAUGCUCUGUGUCACUGCUGAGCCCCGGGACUUCCCACAGCUCCACGCUGCACGGCUCAGCACCGGCGUGGGUCCCUGUGGACUUGUUUGGAGUAAAAGGUGCUGGUGGA